AUGGUAUACAUCUUGGAGCUGUCAUAUGAGAUUGACAAGCUAAGGAACUUGGUGGACGAACGCUCUCGUUUGGUUGAAGUACUAAAGAUUCAACCCUCUGCCAAUGAUAACAUACAAUUAAAAAAACACCUGAACAAGGUGCUAGGUAUGCUCCGGGAACUUUCGAAGGAUAUUUUGCAUUCAAGAGAUGAAGGACUCAGGGGUUUGGUAGAGAGGUAUAAUGACUGCCUUUCGGAUAUACCAGAUGGGCUGAUCGAAAAGAGUGAUUAUAUGUUUGAGCUGGGACGGAUGCCUGAUUCUGGGGACGACAGCCCCCCAGAUAUGAAGCGAGUACGCUUCCAGGACAAGCUGGACGUCCAUGAGGCGCAAAAUUAUGAAGAACGGGUAUUCCCGCCCUACAAAGAUGACCCCGAGGCCGCGCUAGACAGGGAGCGCGAGCAGUUGUUACAAGGUGGAACUGCCGGUGGAAGGACUACACACUCGCCUUUUACCAAUCAGGACCUUUUCAUGCAGCAGCAGCAGCAGCUAAUGGAGCAGGACACCCAUUUAGAGCACCUGGCCGCUUCAGUGCAUCAGAGUCACCGUAUAUCUACGGGCAUACACAGAGAGGUAACAGAACAGAACGAGGGAAUUCUAACGGAUCUCGAGAGCAUGUUGAACAACUCCGGACAGAGGCUGGACAGAGCUAAGAAACGGCUUGUUAUAUUUGAGAGGACUGUUAGAGAUAAAGGCCAUUGUAUAUUGAUAGUCAUCUUGAUAUUCAUAUUGUUGCUGAUUGUCAUCGUGUUUUGA